ACAUUGGCAGGCACCAUGAAGUGUCCUGGCCCACCAGACAUGCUCUGGGCAGGGUAUCCUGGACAUGCCGAGGGAGUCUGGGGUGGUACAGCCCCAGCACCAUCAAGCUCUGGAGCACUGGGUGCACGUGCUAAUGGCUCAUUCUCUACCAGCCACUUAUCUGGUGCUGCCAGAUGAUCUGUCCACAUCCCCCGGGCUGUGGGAGACUGCAAGGAUGAUGGGGGCCAUGGGAUGAGAUGGCAGCUCGGCAGAGCUCCUGUGGCUGCUCUGGGGAAGUGCAGGGGAGCCCUGAGUUGGGCACCUGCCCAAGGCACAGGCAGCCUGAAGGGCCCUUCAGUUGAGGACCCAGAGCUGGAGGAGAGCAGUGCCUGGAACAGGAGCAGGAACUGGGUGAGCGGCAGCAGAGCCGAGCUGCAGCCCUGUCUGCACCACCAGUUCCUCCCGGCCUCUGGGCAUCGGUGACCCAGGCCAGGGGCUCCAUUCAAGCUCGUGACUGUGGCCAGGGCGGCACGGGGUGAGUCCAAGUGGUGACAGGUCGUGCCCUGUCCCUGGCGCACCUGGGCCUGCUGCGCUGCCCCCGAGCAGCACCUCUGCAUCCCCAUGGCUGAUCCCUGUGCGGGGCCGUGGCAGCCCAGCACUUCAGUGGGAUCAGUCUGGAGCUGCCUGGGGUCCAGCGUGCAGGGGCUGCAGCCGGUGGUGGUUGGCUGGUUGGCUGCCAUUCCUGCCGGGCGAGUUCUCAGCAUGGCCGCCCGGUCUCCUCGAGGCUCCCCCUCCCUGGUCGGCAGCCAGGAGCGGCAGAUACCUGAUACUCGGGUUGUGCAAGCGCGAAGGGGGAGCCUGGCCCUGCCCGGCCCUUGGGAACCACCCGGAAGGCCGAGCCCGCCAGCCCCACCUGGAGAGGAGCUUAAAGGCCGGCCGGGCGGCCGCAGCGCAGCCGGUUCCUGCACCAUGCCCACGGCCCGCAGCGUCCUCAUCUUGGCGGGGCUCCUGGCUCUCUGGGCAGAGCUGCCGGCAGCAUCCGCCCAGAAUGUCACCACAAAAGCCGGCGUGUGCCCGGACCUGGCGACGGAGGCGGUGAACUGCACGGUGGGGUGCCAGUCCGAUGGCGAUUGUGAGAGCACCCUCAAGUGCUGCCCGGCGGCCUGCGGCAAGGCCUGCCAGAAGCCCGAUGGUAAUGCUCCCUCCUGCUCCUGGCCGUGCUGCUCGGAGCACGACAGCCCAUCCCAACCCAUCCCAGCCCAUCCCAGCUGGCAGCAUCGGUGCUCCAGGGUGCGGCGGUGGCCACGGGCCUGGGAGCCGUGUCUGGCUGCAGCGUGGGGACCAGGGUCUGUGUGGGAGCCCGGCAGGCUCAGGGUGUGCUCCUGCUGGGCCAUGCUCACUCCUUCCUCCUCUCAGCGAUGCAGGGGCUGAGCAGGUGAUCCUGAAUGACACAGGCUGGGGUGGAGGGUGGGGGUCUGCGCCGCUUCUCGUCGCAGCACUCGUUGACUGCUUGGCCUUGUGGGCAGCUGCCAGCCCAGGAUGUGGGCACUGUCCUGGCUCCAACUUUGCCCUCCCAAUGGCAUCAUUCCCAUCCUUGCACUGGCCACAGCCCUGCAGAUGUCCAGCUGAGCACACUCACCACGCCAGUCCUGCUGGCAAGCAGCAUUUAGAGAUGGGCUCAGGAGUUGGGAUCCACAGCUGCAGACAUGUGGAUGCGACCUGGAGGCUC